AAAAAGUCAUUAGUAAGUCCCAGUAAUGGAUUGAGGUAGACCCAAAUGUACCACUUGCAGCUGUGGGGCAUAAGGCACCAGGGGAAUACCAAAAUAGCAUAGCUCCCUAAAGGUGAUGUUUCUUCCCUCGCCAAUAGACUUGCUAUAGCCAGUGUUCUGCUAUUCACACUCUUCUCUUGUAGGAGAUGUUCUCAAACAUUUGCAAUGCAAGCAAACAGCGAGUGAACUUCUGCCAGGGUUUGAUGAUGAUGGCUUUAGGGGAAUGCAUUACGUGCCUAAGUGCUGAGCUUUAUUUGUGAUUGCAGCAAUGCUGCCUGGCUGAUCAUAAAUCCAUUAUGGCAUGCUCCAUCUGUUGCACUGGUGGUUGUUACUUUUUGCUAUGUCUGGAGUCUUUCUGGCAAUAGAUCUGAUCUCUUUCUUUAUGGCUGUAUUCUCUCAUUGUACUUGGCUGAAGAUUAACUCUGUGGUGCUCUGUACCAUUCCCAUUCAGACUGUUGGUCUUUUGGCCAUGUCUCUUUGUGCACUCUGUCAAUAUCUGAAGCCCAGACUUGCUUGGUAUCUGAUUUGGCUAGCUUAAUCAGCACUGUUACUUUGAUUUGCUUUAACUUGACCCAUGUUAGAAAAUAUUCUCAGUUAUGACUGCCUGUCUGCAUGAAGAGGUCUGGCAGGUGCACAGGAAAUCCACAAGGCAAGAAAUGUAAUAAAUGGAUCAGUGUUCCAUGUUGAAACUCUAUGAUGACAGCAUUUAUAACAUCACAAUUGUAAGCCUUUUUUAAACCUUCUGCUGUGCUUCCCAGUAUCCAGGCAUGUAAGGCCUAACAAAUAGUAACAACCUCAGCAGAAGAGAUUGAAAGAAAUGAGUAGGAUUUAUAAUUGCAAUUGUUUGGAAGUACCAUGGGGAGAUGGAGAUUUAGGUUCUUGGGCAGAUCGCUCACCUCUGCAUGAGGCAGCCAGUCAAGGACGUCUUCUUUCUCUAAAGACUUUAUUGUCACAGGGUUACAAUGUAGACACACUAACUAUUGACCAAGUAACUCCACUUCAUGAAGCCUGCCUGGGAGAUCAUGUAGGAUGUGCAAGGAUCCUUCUUGAAGCAGGAGCAAAUGUAAAUGCUACAACAAUUGAUGGAGUGACACCUUUAUUUAACGCAUGUUCGAGAGGCAGCGCAGCAUGCGCUGAGCUCUUGUUAGAGUAUGGUGCCAAAGCUCAGUGGGAGUCCUGUCUUCCAUCACCAACUCAUGAAGCAGCCAGCAGAGGACACAGUGAAUGCCUGGAGGUACUGAUAUCCUGGGGUAUAGAUGUUGACCAAGACCUUCCUCAUUUAGGAACACCUCUAUAUGUAGCAUGUGUGUCACAGCAGAUCCAUUGUAUUCGAAAGCUUCUUUACGCAGGUGCCAAUGUGCAGAAAGGAAAGCAUUUGGAAACUCCACUGCAUGCUGCUGCCCAGCAUUCAAGUACAGAGAUUGUAAACUUACUCCUUGAAUUUGGGGCAGACAUAAAUGCCAAAAACACAGAUUUUGAGAGGCCUGUUGAUUUAGCUGCUCCUCGCAGUUUAGUAGAGAGACUGCUGCUCCUCCACGAAGCCACACCAUCUUCUCUUUGUCAGCUUUGUCGACUACGUAUCCGAAAUUACAUAGGAAGAGCUAGACUGCAUCUUGUCCCACAACUCCAAUUGCCAACAAUACUGAAGAAUUUCUUACAGUAUAGAUAACAUAAUAAUUAAUCUUUAGAAAGCUGAAUAAUAAGUCUUCUGUUUAUUGUAAAUUUUACCUACAGAACUGCUGGGCGGAAAAUAAAGCCUUUUGCAUAUUACUUUAACAAGACACAAAUCUUUGACACCUGGUGUUGGCAUGUAAUCACAAUUGGGAGCCAUUCAGCAACUGGUACCAAGGUGCUAACAAGGCUGAAUUGAAUUAGUGUGCUGAUACUCUGGGAAAUUAUUGUAUAGGUUUAGCUUAACACUUACUAAUUAGCUUUAGUGCUGUUAAUUUUAUUUGUAUUUAUACUUUAAAAUCUGUUUGGCAUGUGGGAACUGCAGCGUUUCUUCAUUUAUAUUUGUUAACUUUGUUCAUUUGGAGUCAUUAUUUUAUGUGUUUUUAAAUUUCUGUUGUUUGUGUACCAAAAAAUACUUGGUGGUAGGUGCACUACAGACGUUGAUUAAAAAAAAUAAAUAAAUGAGUAGAUAACCAUUUUUUCUUCCUUUUCUUUAUAU